AUGGCUAAAGAAGACAACACACAACAACCCCGUAAAGUUGAGCCAGACGAAGUGUCAGGCCUUUUGACAAACGAUAAUAUCAUUCAACAAUAUAAAUCAGCUUAUGAUGAAAAAAGAAAAGAUGACGAUGAGCCUGUUGAAGUGGAUGAGUUUGGUCGCAUGUUGCGCCGUAAUGGGCGUCAGCGAAAUGAUGAUUUAGAUAAUAGUGAUCACAGUGACUAUGAACGUCACAGAUCCGAACAUCGAAGAUACAGUAGUAGCCGUUCUUCACGAUAUCGACACUCUGAUGAUUACUACGAGUCCCGAUCGAGCAGUUAUCACUAUAGGAAACUGCAAUAUGAUAGCUAUGUACCAAGACGUUCAAGUUAUUACAGACAUUCGGAUAGCGACCGAGAUGACUACUAUCGCAGUGAUGACGAUAGGCAAAGAGAUCGAAAACGUGCUAGAACGUGGUCACGUAGAUCAUCAGAUAGUGAAGACGAUAAUGAUCGAAGGCCUAAUGGUAGAAGGCGUUCUCAUUCUCGAGACAGAAGCAUUGGCCCUGAGGGGAGGAAAUGGACACAAUCUGGACAAGAUGAUCCAUUUUCGACAGCAAGUAGAUAUAUUGACACUGAAUUCUAUACCAGAAAAAUAUAUGUUGGGGAACUUCGGGGUGUUUCUGAACGUGCAUUGCAUAAUGCUUUUGAGCGAUUCGGUGAUAUUGAAAGCAUUGAUAUGUUACCAGAAAAAGGAAUCGCAUUUAUCGAUUUUGACACCGAAGAAAAUGCUAAUGAAGCUCGCCGCAGAAUGAAUAAUACUCUACUCGGUUCAGGUUAUGUACAAGUAAAUAGAGCAAAGCGGCCUGAACGAAAUAAAAAUGGUUUUGGCAAUGUACCCUGGAGUGAUGCAGAUGGUGCUGAGGCCAGGCUAAAUGAAACUAAGCCAAUUACUUAUAGCACUUCCUCAAUUUCAGCUCAAACAAGUAUAUUUCCAGCUACAUCUGCGCUACCACCACAGGCUUUUGAUCCACGAUUACAAGGACACAAGCGAAAAAUAAUAGCCUAUGAUGAUCUUUAG